AUGGACAGAGAAGCCAAGCUUGUGACCAAUUCUGCCGAGAGAGAGAUGUAUGACAACUUGGGAGAGUUGUUUAGUAUUAUUGUUGCUACUGAGCAUUUGGAGCGAGCUUACAUCAGAGACAAUAUUACUGCUCAAGAAUACACACCUGCUUGCCUCAAAUUCAUUGCACAGUUCAAAACAUCUGUCAGUUUACUCCAAGACACAGUUCCUGAUGUGAGGGAGUUUAUGCGAGAGUAUCAGCUUACCUGUCCAGCAGCGGUCAAACGACUACUGGAGAUUGGCAUUCCAGCAACAGUUGAACAUGCAACAGAAAGUGUAUCAUCAAACAACUCUGCCAGAUACGUUGCUGAAGCCGUUCAGUUCUUUAUUACUUUGAUGGAUUCUCUCAAGCUCAACUAUGUUGCAGUUGACCAGAUUCAUCCCCAACUCAGUGAUCUUAUUCUAAGCUUAAACAGGGUCCAAUCAAUGCCAAAGGACUAUGAAGGCAAAGGAAAAAUUAAGACAUGGUUGAUUGCACUAAAUAAGCUAAAAGCAUCUGACGAGCUAAGCGAGGAACAAGUGCGUCAACUGUUGUUUGAUCUCGAAAGUGCAUAUUCAGAGUUUCAAAGAUCAUUGGCAUCAAAAUGA